AUGCUCUUUGAGCUCAUCGACGAUCUGGCCUGCCAUGAAAGCGCACAGCUGGUGUGGCUGGCGAGCAGCUGCCUGGCGGUUGUCUACGUGGUCGGGUGGUACUUGAUGUGUCGGAGGAUGAACUCCUGGACCCUGGAGGAGCCGAGCCAUGCUAAGACACGGAAGGGACAUAAGGUCUCCGUCAUCCUGCCUGUCAAAGGCGUUCAUGAACAGACUCUGGACAACUGGAGGACGCAGAUCAAGCUGGAUCACGGGGGUGAGACCGAGUACUUCUUCUGCAUGGAGAGCACGCAGGACCCUGUGAGCAAGCGAGCGUACAAGGCAGCGAUGGAGUUCAAGGAGGAGCAGAAGGAUCUGAAGAACGUCAACGUGGUUGUCUGCGGACUAUCCUUCUACUGCACACAGAAGAUUCACAACCUCCUUGAAGGGGUCUCGCAGAUCAGCAAGGAGAGCAACUAUGUGUUGUUCCUGGACGACGACGCGCAGAUGUCGUCAAGGAUCCUCCUCAGCCUCAUGGACGUGCUGGACAGGGACGACAAGGUCCUCAUAGCGUACAGGAUGCUCUCGGUGAUCGCUCUUGGCCAAAAGUACCCGACGGUCCUGUGGGGAGGGUGCCUCCUGUUGAGGACAAGAGAUCUCUUCGACGACAAGGUUGGAAUCUUGCAGGCCUGGGAGGACUGUGGAUAUUCCGACGAUAUGAUCAUGGCUGGGCGAGCAAGCAAAGUGAACAAGAAGAUUUUCAUCCCCCCAGUCGCUGUAUUACCGUCUAUGAUGAAGGAAGAUUACUCGGUCAGGAACCACUGGAACUAUAUCCGACGGCAGAUGUUUGUUUGCGACACUUACAGUGAUAUCUUCGAUCGGAUGAACAACUUGUUCCUUUUGAUAGUCAUCUGCAUCAUCGUCUUGUUGGUAGGCUGCUUGACCUUCCAGGUCUUGAUCUUGGCAAGUCUCGUUGGGGCAGGGAAGAGCUGGCUGCUGGGACAUCUUUCGGCCUAUCACCUGAAUCGUCAGAGCUGCGGCUGGAUCCCUCUCGCUCCAGAUGUCUUGUAUGUCAUCAUCUCAGCAUCUGCCGUGAUCGCGAUGCUGGACAACUCCAUAGUGUGGUCGGGCAUCUGCUACAAGAAGGCCAAAGGGAAGAUGGGGAGUGGUAUACAGUGCCGUUGA